AUGGAACGCCUUUCGCGUUCUGGAACACAAUCGGAUACUGAUGAAGUUGAACUUGGAGAUCAUACCGCCACAAUACAUUUGGAUAUGACAUCAGGUAUUAUUUUUUGUUGAAGAAGUUAUCUAUAUGUUUUUUUUAAGGAAGCGGGUCUUCAACAGAUUUCAAUCCAUUUUCUGGUAACAAAGAUGACACAGCAUUUGAUGUCAAUGACGCUCCGACGUUUUUCAGUAAAUAUGGGGAUUUUCACACAAUUGAUUGGCAAAGAGAUCUUGCCAGGGAUCGAUUACGACAUAAAAUGAUCAAGCAUAAAAAGUUUGUUUAUAUAUAAAUAUAGUUGAAAUCAAAAGCCUCUGUAUAAUUUUAUAAAUAUUUAGAGUCGAUUUCCCUUUGGGACUAUUACAAUCUGGUUGGGAUGCAGGAGCUGGUUGGAUAUGCGUAUUAUUUGUUGGAAUUGCUGCCGGUGCAACUGCUGGAAUAAUUGAUAUUGGUGCUCGAUGGAUGAGUGAUUUGAAGACUGGAAUUUGUGCUGAUCGAUUUUGGUUAGAUCGAGAACAUUGUUGCUGGUCUUCGAAUGAUACAUUUUUCAAAGAUGAUGAUUGUAAAGCGUGGACAAAAUGGCCGUGGAUGUUGAAUGAUUAUAACAGUCAAAGUUUUGCAUUUUUUCUAGUCGAAUGGAUUUUUUAUAUUGGAUGGGCGGUUGCGAUGUCAACAUUGGCUGUAUUAUUUGUCAAAAUCUUUGCGCCAUAUGCUUGCGGUUCUGGAAUUCCUGAAAUUAAAUGUAUUCUGUCUGGUUUUGUCAUUCGUGGUUAUCUUGGAAAAUGGACUUUCAUUAUUAAAUCAGUUGGUUUGAUUUUGUCGUCAGCUUCUGGAUUAUCAUUGGGAAAAGAAGGUCCAAUGGUUCAUUUGGCUUGUUGUAUUGGAAAUAUUUUCUCAUAUUUAUUUCCAAAAUAUGGAAUGAAUGAGGCGAAAAAACGAGAGAUUCUAUCAGCUUCUGCAGCUGCUGGUGUUUCAGUUGCUUUUGGUGCACCAAUUGGUGGAGUUUUAUUCAGUUUAGAAGAAGCAUCAUAUUAUUUCCCUCUCAAAACAAUGUGGCGAAGUUUUUUCUGCGCUUUAGUCGCUGGAAUUAUUCUACGAUUUGUCAACCCAUUUGGAAGUGAUCAAACCUCUCUUUUCCACGUGGAUUAUAUGAUGAAAUGGACUUUUAUUGAAUUGGUACCUUUUGCAUUGUUAGGAUUAUUUGGAGGAAUUCUUGGAAGUUUGUUUAUUUUCGCAAAUAUUAGAUGGUCAAAAUUCCGAAAAAAUAAUAAAAUCUUGGGAAGUAAUCCGAUUUAUGAGGUUAUGAUUAUUACUUUGAUCACUGCGUCAACUGCAUUUUUCAAUCCUUUCACAAGAAUCAGUGCAGCUUCAAUGAUUCAACAACUUUUUGAUAAAUGUGAAGGACAAGUUGAUGACGAUGUUUUAUGCGAUUCAAAUCGAUUAUUCACGUUGUAUGGACAAUUGUUUUGGGCGUUGUUAUUCAAAUUUAUAAUCACAAUUUUUACAUUCGGUAUAAAGGUUGGUAUUUUUGGGUGGGAGUGGAAAAUUCGAGGGGGGUUCUAAUUUGUUUCCUGAUCCGAAAAAAAUUGGGAAAAUGCUCAAUUUCCUAAUUUUACACAAAAAAAAACAUGUUUUGGGCUCUAGGAAGAUCUGUGACAGAAGUUCAACAUUUUUUAGAUUUUUUGAAUUUCGGAAUCGGAAAUAUUCAAAUUUCCAAGCACUAUAAUUUUUUCAACUGAAAAGAAAGUUUUUGAAAAUUCCUUAUCGCCACAAACACGUUUUUUCUUUCAAUUUUGCAUAUUUUUAUAGGUUCCAUGUGGUUUAUUUGUUCCUUCGAUCGCAAUGGGUGCAAUAUCAGGAAGACUUAUGGGAAUAACUGUAUCUCAAAUUUUCGAAUCAGUUCAAGCAACUCCCGGACACUCAGAUUAUUUUACUUGUCAACUUGGAAAAGAUUGUGUAAUGCCUGGAUUAUAUGCAAUGGUUGGAGCUGCUGCUGUUCUUGGUGGAGUUACUCGAAUGACUGUUUCACUUGUUGUUAUUAUGUUUGAAUUGACUGGAAGUCUUGAAUUUAUUGUACCAACUAUGGUUGCAACUAUGUUCUCGAAAUGGAUUGGGGAUGGAAUUAGUAAAAUGGUGAGCAUGCGGUUAUCUUCAGUUUUCGAGAAAAAAAAUCGUUUUUGAAUUUAAAUUUUUGAACUUUUCAAAUUUUGGAAAAAAAAUGAUGAAAACAUCAACUUUUGAAAGUAAAAUUCGUUCUGGUUUUUGAAUAUUAAAAAUUCAAAAAUUCAUCAAAUUUUCCAGGGUAUCUAUGAAGCUCACAUUGAAUUGAAUGGUUAUCCAUUUUUGGACAGCAAAGGUGAAUAUCCAUAUUCAACAGUUGCUUCACAAGUAAUGAGACCUUCGAUAAAUCGACAACCGCCAGUUGAUGAAAUGAAUGUGAUGAGUGAUUUUAGAGAAAUGAAAAAUGAAUUGAGUGUGAUAACUGAAGAUGGAAUGACACUUGGAGAUUUAGAGGUGAGCUAAUUCAUGGUCAAUUAAGUAUCUAGGUGUUCAAGACGAAACAUUCAUUUCUCAUAAUGAACAAGUUGCCUCAGCUAAUUUUUAAUACUAGUAUUCUCCAAGGGAAAAGCGACAUUGGAGAGAUUCUCAGGGUUCCCAUAUGUUAUAAUUUGAACGUGUCCAUUUCUAAAAUCUGGGGGGUUCCCAAUUUUUAAAAAUCCCCAGAAAUUUCUUCGCGAAAACACACAGCCCGUAUUUCGCGCCAAGGUUGCGCGUAGGAUUUGGUGUUUGCGGGCAGUCGGUGUUGACAUACACUCUUAUUUUUUCCGUUCUUUCUUUAGGUUUGGGAUUUUAAUUAUCCUAAAUAAUUCAAAUUUUCUCAGAGUCUUCUUCGACAAACGGAUUUCAAUGGAUUCCCAGUUGUUAUUUCACAAAAUACAAUGCAUUUGGUUGGAUUUGUCACAAGAAGAGAUAUAUUUUUGGCACUUCACACUGCCAGAAAAACACAACCCUAUGUUGUCACAAAUUCGACAGCAUAUUUUUCGGAUAAUGUUCCGGAUUCAGUGCCUGGCGGAGCUGCACCGUUGAGAUUGAGAAAGAUUUUGGAUUUGGUGAGGAUCUUUGGGAGGAAUAUGGAGCUCCAUGGAUUUUUUUGUUGAAAAUUUCCAAUUUCAAAAUGUAUUUUUUCGCGAAUUCGGAAAAUCUCCGCUUCAUAUAAAUACUUCAUAUAAAAUGUUUUGAAAAGUUUUUUAACAUAAGUCACCAGUUUUUAAAUUUCUCGAAAAAUAUAUAUUUUUGCAGGCUCCAAUGACAGUAACUGAUCAAACUCCGAUGGAAACAGUAAUUGAUAUGUUCCGAAAACUCGGUCUUCGUCAAGUUCUCGUAACUCGAAAUGGCAAAGUUUUGGGAAUAAUUACCAAAAAGGAUAUUCUACAAUUUAUGAGAAAUGAAAAUUCGACAUAA